AUGGAUAGGAGAAGCAGCUCAGUGUGGGCUUAUUUUACAAUUAAAGACAAUAUCAAUGCUAAGUGUGAUAUAUGCCAUACAAUUUAUUCUUAUAAGUCGACACUAACUAAUCUAAAAAAACACUUAUCUAGUCGUCAUUUUAUAUUUUUAAAACAAGGACAAAGUAUAAAUGAAAAUCAAUCAACUGAAUCCAGUAUUGAUGACCCUAGUAGUAAACAUCAUACUAACGACAAUUCGAUAAAUUCUUCUUCUAUAUCAUUGCCAUCAACUACCUCUAUACCAAGUACUUCUCAACAAACUUCAUUAAUUGAUUCAGCUCCAUCAAAUGCAAAUGCAAAUGCUUUUUCUCAAAUAGUAACUGGUCAAAGCCAAAUGCAAGCUGAAAAUAAAGCGAAAUCUCAUAAACGUAAACAUCUGUCUAUAGCUACAUACAUUCCAAAAAAAAUGACAGUUGAUAUGAAAAAAGAUAUAGAUCAGUCACAAAAGAUAGCCAACCUUUUAAAUUAG